GCUAUAGGGAAUACAUAGAUCCGAACCGGCUCGCUUCCGAGAUGGAACGACUUUCGGGAGGGUACAUAUGCCGUCACAGUCAGCCGUUUAGCCAAUACAGCCCCAUCUUUAUCUUUCACCACCAUCAUCACCACCCACCAUUAUCAUGGAAUUUACUCCAAGACGUAUACUAGAUAAUGCGCUCGACGCUGUAGGCAACACGCCUCUCAUCCGGCUCGACAAGAUUGCUGCAGAAGAAGGCCUCAAGUGUAAUCUCCUGGGUAAAUUGGAGUUCGUGUCUGCAGGCGGGUCCGUCAAGGACAGAAUCGCGAAAGCGAUGGUUCUCGCCGCAGAGAAGGAGGGCAAACUUAUUCCCGGCAAGAGCGUCGUCAUUGAGCCCACGUCCGGCAACACCGGAAUCGGACUUGCGAUGGCGUGUGCUAUCAAGGGAUACUCUGUCGUGAUAACCAUGCCUAAGAAAAUGUCGCUUGAGAAAGAGGCAUUGUUACGUGCGCUUGGUGCACAGGUUAUCCGUACGCCUGAUGAGGAGCCUUGGGAUUCGCCCAGGAGCCAUAUAGGUGUGGCAUGCAAGCUUCAGCGAGAGAUCGAGCAUGGGAUUAUAUUGGAUCAGUAUCGUAAUGAGAACAACCCACUUGCUCAUGAGUAUACUACUGGACCAGAGAUCAUCGCUUCAGUAGUCUCAACGCCGUCGACGUCCUCGAGACCUUCAUCAAUGAAGGUGGACGCAUUCGUUGCUGGCGCUGGCACUGGUGGUACCAUCACAGGCGUCUCGCGUGCGCUCAAGAAGACACAUAACGCAGACUGCACCGUCGUCGGUGUCGACCCAAUCGGGAGCAUUCUUGCUGUCCCGGACAAUCUGAACUCAAGUGGGGAAGGAAGCCCAUACGUGGUCGAGGGUAUAGGCUACGAUUUCAUCCCUGAUGUUCUGUCUCGGGAUGUCGCGGACGUGAACCAUUGGGUGAAGACGGCUGAUGAGGAUGCGUUCAAGGCUGUACAGGCUCUCAUGAGGAAAGAGGGCUUGCUCGUUGGUGGUAGCAGCGGAAGUGCCCUUAGCGGAGCAUUGACCUGGCUCAAGUCAGACCAGGGGCGAAGAGUCGCUGAGACAGAGGGAUUGAAUGUUGUCGUUCUGCUUCCGGACGGCAUUCGGAAUUACAUGAGCAAGGAGUGGUUCUUGAAGAAUGCAUUCCACACAGAACAUUCAGACUUGGCAACCCGAAUUGCGGGCAUCCUGGCUCAGGAGGAGAUAGUUCCUAUUCAGCAAGCUAGUCUCCUCUAGUGCGGCCGCGCACUUGUUCUUUGACCGGAGUUUUCGGCGGAUCGGGUUUUUUUUCAGCCACUUUUUACUUUAAUCAUUCACAAUAAGCGCAUAGUCUUGAUGAAUCACAGUACUGCCUUUUGCACAACUU